CCCACGGAUGUCACCUCACCCCCACGCCACCAGAACCACACUUGUCGUCUUCGCACCGCUACCGCUUCAAGCAAAACCGGACACGCAAGAUGAGGGAAGAUUGGAAACGGUCUGCUGCUUGCUCUAUUUUUGACUUGAGAAUGAGCCGGUUUAGUCCACUCUCCACUUAGCCUGCUGCAGCCCUCAGCUGACUUCUUCGUUCGCUGUCUUCCAUCCUUACUCCUCUUCGAGACUGUAGCCAAGCUGAUGACUCUAGCCAUGACGAACUGUGGCUUGGCUUCCACAUAAGCGCCGACAAUUUCUACACGCAUUUCGCAUGUAGAUAUUGAUAGUGACUUUGCAAUCCAGCUUAGCCUGAGCCGCUCAUAAACGGCUAGGCUCGAUUGCAUAUAGCGUGUCACACCUUCACUCCUCUCCUUUAUAUAACUGUAACCUCAGCCACACUCUUCACUGAUAAGGUCCCCGAGAGCCAUUUCUUGCCUCCUCUCGCCACUCUUCUCUGUUCCUGCUGCUGCUUCUGAUCUUUGCUUCUAGAGAUCGUAGUGGUUUUGGUCUUCUGAGCUGAAUCGGAUGGCCGUGGACACUGUCGAGACUGCCGUCGCUUUGGUUCCGCCGCAGCCGCCGCCGAGAUCGGAGAUGAGCGAGGACGAGCUCCCGCCCGUCGAGGGGUGGGCGAAGCGGAAGCGCUCGAAGCGCCACCACCGUUUCUUCGACCACCCGCCGACCGAGGAGGAGUACCUGGCCCUCUGCCUCAUGAUGCUCGCCCGCGGCGGCUCCGGCCACCACCUCCCGACCGUCUCCACCGCCUGUGCCGCGGCGACUCCUACGCCCACCGCGAAGGUCGGGUUCAAGUGCUCCGUCUGCGGCAAGGCCUUCGGUUCCUACCAAGCGCUAGGAGGGCACAAGGCCAGCCACCGCAAGCUCAACGCCAGCAGCGGCGGGGAGGAGCCCUCCGCCGCCGCGUCCCCGGCCGCUUCCGCUUCCGGCUCCUCCACCGCCGCAGCAGGCGCCACCACCACCGGCGGCAAAGUGCACCAGUGCUCCGUGUGCUUCAAGACGUUCCCGACGGGGCAGGCGCUGGGCGGGCACAAGAGGAGACACUACGAUGGGAGCCUCGGCAGCGGGUCGGCCACCGCGUCGACGGCGUCGGAGGGCGCCAGCUCGAGCCGCAAGGGGUUCGAUCUGAACCUACCGGCGACGGCGGAGUUCGCGUUGGAUGUCAGCCGGCUGUGCGUGGCCAUGGCGGAGGAGGAGGAAGUGCAGAGCCCGAUGGCCUUCAAGAAGGCGAGACUUCUGAUUCCGGCGUAGACUUUGACUGCCUCCAACGAGUCAACUCUCCACCACAUCAAUCAAUUUUUCGUAGAUAAAUGCUACUUAUUCGAUGUAUAGAAAAUUACUCAAUUCUUUGUAGCAGUUCAUCGUGAAACCAAUUACAGUUCUUUUGUAUGCUAAAUUUUGCCAUGUUAAUGUCAAAUGUUUGAUGAAAGGUCGAAAAAUUC